AAUCACUUUUAUAAAUUUCAAUUUUAUACGCCUUGAAAAGAGAUUUGACUGUUCUAAACAAAAGGAGGUAGACAUAUCCAGGCGUAAACCCUGAAUGUUAACUACCAUAAGUUAACUUUUAAGACACCCUGUACAGUAACAAUUGACUGAGGACAAUACACAUUUCAGCAAAAUUACCCACACACACUUCAGCCAUCAUAAUUUCUUCACUUUCCCUUCUUUCUGACAAUGAUUCAAUCUCGUCAUAAUGGGAGGUUCUUACUCCACACAUUAAUGCAAGGAUUACCCCCAGCCUGUUUAUAGACCUCAAACAAAGCAAAGGAUCUGACAACACAAUGUGAGAUGGGCUUUGCCUAAUAGACUUUGAAUGUAUUUGUGGAUAUAGAGAGCAACAAUAUUUGAACAAUCAGAAAGACUAUCUCCCACUCAAAAACAGAAUGGACUUCUCUCGAUAUCCGAGUGUUGAUUUUAUUAAUGUGUAAACUUUUUUCCUUGGAUUUUGUUACCCUCCCUUCAAUAAGAAUAAACAAGCUAUGUUGUUUUUUGGUUGUCAGCUGGGAUAAAUCUGACACUUCUUCAAUGUCUUCGUAUGGUAAGGCAAUUAUUACAUAAAAAAUAUAAUUUCGAUUUCGUGGUCUCUUCACUUAAAAGUUGUUAUCGCAUUUCCUAAAAAGUGUAACACACACAAAAAUCAAUGAGUCGUGGGCCCGUUUCACUUUCUUCUCGGAGCUUCAUCUAGACAGGCCGGAAUAAACCAUCUUCUCAUAGCAGUAUGUGAAUCCCUUCUCAAAUUUCACUGUAUUAUAUCUGGACCAUGGAGAAUUAUGUUUUAAUGAUGCGGUUUGACAAUACAAGUGCGAACAAUGACUCUGAGAUCACCACCACCUCAACCCCCGUGUAUCAACCACGCCCAUCCCUUCAGGACAUUUUCAAUGAGUACUGGGAGUACCGUUUUGCCCAGGCAUUUGGAAUCUAUGUUUUCCCUAUAGUGAUUCUGCUGGGGACACUAGGAAACAUUCUGAGUUUCCUGGUGCUUUGUCGACUUGCCAUGAGGACCACUUCCACCUGUAUCUACAUGCAGGCGAUAGCUGUGAUGGACCUAGCCGUGUUGUAUGUCAACGCGUUCAGGAAAUGGCUCACCAUCCUCAAUGACGGGACAGACAUAACUACCACCAAUAAAGCCGCCUGCAUUGUCAUUCAUUUUUUGUCCUAUUUUACCUAUGAUUUCUCUGUCUGGCUCGUGGUUGCAAUGACAGUGGAAAGAUUCAUUGCAAUCCAUUUCCCGCUUAAAGCGGCUCAAAUGGCUACCCCUUCACGAGCCAAAAAAGUCACGCUUCUUCUAUUGGUGGUCUUUGUUGCCAUUAACAGCCACAUGUUUUGGACUGUUACGAUUGACGAUCGCGAAUACUGCAUUCCAGAGGAGAAUUACGAAGAGUUUCAUGAUAAAGUCAUGCCAUGGCUGGAUGCUGCCAUUUAUUCUUUUGUUCCGUUUGUAGUGUUAUUGACGUUUAACAUUCUGAUUAUUUACGACAACAGAAAAGCCACUUUGAGAAGGCGUUCAAUGCGAAGUCAAAACCGGAGCAACAGAACAGAUUCAAGACAGCAGUUCCACCAGAGACUGACCGCCAUGCUGCUAUCUGUUUCCUUUUCAUUCUUAGUGUGCACAAGCCCAAAAGUUAUCUUUAUGUCUAUAAGAGAAAGUGCUUUCCAGUUCAUUGUGGAUGGAAAAGUGAACUAUCAAGGCUACGCAUCAUACCUGAUGGCUUCUCGGAUAUCAGACUUUUUUCUGUAUUUGAAUCAUUCUAUCAACUUUUUUCUGUACAGUAUUCAUGGACAGAGAUUUCGGCGAGAAUUAAAGAAAAUGUUUUGCUGUGCUCGAGAUGGCCUGAGAAGACUGAGCACCAUUUCUCAAAGCCUGGAUGGAACGGCCAACAGCCGAGUUACCAGUGACACCAGCCUUGGUAGCUACCAGAUCAGAAACAGCAAUGGCGUUGUCAAUCUCAAUCCUGCAUUUAACUCAACAGAAAACCACAUCUGAAUUUUUGACUUAUUUUGAGAUUUAGUGACUUUUUCUAGAGUUUUCUAGAGUUGCUUAUACAUGUAUCAGUUCACCCUUAUAUCAUGGAAUUUACCAAUUACUUGCAGUUAAGUAUUUGUUAUAAAUAUUCAUAUAUCAACUUUA